AGACUCAGUUCGAUUUCAUUUGAUCUGCACUGCGGUUGUGUUUAUAGAGAUAUAUCCCCGGCACCAUGAAGGCCUGGAUCUGGUUUACGUUUGUCGCGUGUCUCUUUGCGGCGAGCACAGAAGCCGCCUCCAAUUUAGUCUGCUACUACGACUCUUCAAGUUACACGAGAGAAGGCCUCGGCAAGCUGCUCAAUCCCGAUCUGGAGAUUGGUGCACAGUUUUGCACCCACUUGAUAUACGGCUAUGCGGGACUUCGGGGUGAAAACCUCCAGGCGUACAGUCUGAACGAAAAUCUGGACAUCUACAAGCAUCAGUUUUCCGAAGUGACCAGCUUGAAGGUCAAGUAUCCCCAUCUGAAGGUUCUGCUGAGUGUGGGCGGUGAUCGCGACAUCGAUGUGGACCAUCCCAACAAAUAUAUCGAUCUGCUGGAGGGCGAAAAAGUGCGUCAAAUUGGAUUCAUCCGAUCCGCCUUUGACUUGGUGAAGACCUACAAUUUCGAUGGCUUGGAUCUGGCCUAUCAGUUUCCCAGAAAUAAACCCAGGAAGGUUCACGGUGAAUUGGGAUCGGCUUGGAAGAGCAUCAAGAAAAUUUUCACUGGAGAUUUUGUUGUGGAUCCGCAGUCGGCUCUUCAUAAGGAGCAGUUCACCGCUUUUGUACGGGAUGUCAAGGACUCUCUACGGCCAGAUGGAUUACUGCUCAGUCUGACUGUUCUGCCCAAUGUAAACUCUACUUGGUACUUUGACAUUCCCGCCCUGAAUGGCUUGGUGGACUUUGUAAAUCUGGCUACCUUUGAUUUCCUGACUCCCGCUCGUAAUCCCGAUGAGGCGGAUUACAGCGCUCCCAUCUACCACCCUGAGGGAUCGAAGGAUCGCUUGGUCCAUCUCAACGCUGAUUUCCAAGUGGAUUACUGGGUGAAACAGGGCUUCCCAUCGAACAAGCUCAAUCUGGGAGUGGCUACGUACGGAAAUGCCUGGAAACUGACCAAGGAUUCGGGACUUGAUGGAGUACCGGUGGUGCCCGAGACCAAAGGACCAGCUCCCGAGGGUGUUCAAUCCCAGAAGCCUGGGCUUCUGAGCUUUGCCGAGAUCUGCGGAAAGUUGAGCAAUCCCCAAAAUCAAUUCCUUAAGGGCAACGAUUCGCCACUGCGCAGGAUUAAUGAUCCCACCAAGAGAUACGGUGGCAUCGCUUAUCGUCCUGUAGAUGGUUCAAUUACCGAAGGCUAUUGGGUAAGCUACGAUGAUCCCGAUUCGGCCUCCAAUAAGGCGGCCUACGCCCGUGCCAAGAACCUUGGGGGCGUGGCCCUGUUCGAUUUGAGCUACGAUGAUUUCCGGGGACAGUGCAAUGGUGAAAAGUAUCCCAUAUUGCGGGCCAUCAAAUAUCGCCUUUACCGUUACAGCGCUCCCAUCUACCACCCUGAGGGAUCGAAGGAUCGCUUGGUCCAUCUCAACGCUGAUUUCCAAGUGGAUUACUGGGUGAAACAGGGCUUCCCAUCGAACAAGCUCAAUCUGGGAGUGGCUACGUACGGAAAUGCCUGGAAACUGACCAAGGAUUCGGGACUUGAUGGAGUACCGGUGGUGCCCGAGACCAAAGGACCAGCUCCCGAGGGUGUUCAAUCCCAGAAGCCUGGGCUUCUGAGCUUUGCCGAGAUCUGCGGAAAGUUGAGCAAUCCCCAAAAUCAAUUCCUUAAGGGCAACGAUUCGCCACUGCGCAGGAUUAAUGAUCCCACCAAGAGAUACGGUGGCAUCGCUUAUCGUCCUGUAGAUGGUUCAAUUACCGAAGGCUAUUGGGUAAGCUACGAUGAUCCCGAUUCGGCCUCCAAUAAGGCGGCCUACGCCCGUGCCAAGAACCUUGGGGGCGUGGCCCUGUUCGAUUUGAGCUACGAUGAUUUCCGGGGACAGUGCAAUGGUGAAAAAAAGAUGAGUAGCUCUCUUUGGCUCAGUUUGGUACUGAGUCUGGCGAUUUUCGCUCAGUUUCACGUGGAUGCUGCUCCUAAUCUGGUUUGCUUCUAUGACUCGCAGGGUUUCCAGCGCCAGGGCCUGGCUCAAUUUUCGAUGACCGAUAUGGAGCUGUCGCUGCAAUGGUGCACUCAUUUGAUCUAUGGCUAUGCGGGUGUUAAUGCCGACAACUUCGAGAUGCAGAGUAUAAACAAGCGAUUGGACCUGGAGCAACGUCAUCUGGCUCAGGUCACCAAUUUGAAGGAUCGCUAUCCCCACAUCAAGUUCCUUUUGAGUGUGGGUGGUGAUGCAGAUCUGAACGAUGGAAAUCAGUAUAUAAAACUCUUGGAAUCGGGACAACAGGGUCACAAGCGCUUUAUCGAAUCCGCUCGCGAUAUAGUGAGGCGUUUCAAUUUCGAUGGACUGGACUUGGCCCUCCAGCUGCCACGGAAUAAGCCACGCAAAGUUCACGGUGAUGUUGGUUCUGCCUGGAAGAGUUUCAAGAAGUUCUUCACUGGCGAUUUUAUUGUGGACACUGAAUCGGAGACCCACAAAGGACAGCUGACUUCUUUGAUCAAGGACUUGAAUGCCGCCUUGAAACAAAACGAUCUUUUGCUGAGUCUCACCGUUCUGCCAAAUGUUAACUCAAGCUGGUACUACGAUGCCCCCUCGAUUGCGCCCAGCUUGGACCUCAUCAAUCUGGGAACCUUUGACUUCCUGACCCCGCAGCGUAAUCCCGAGGAAGCGGACUUUUCGGCACCACUGUACGAGGCCAUCGGACAGAAUCGCUUGGGCCACUACAACGUCAACUUCCAAUUGGAACACUGGCUGCUCCAGAGAGUGCCUGCUAAUAAGCUGCACAUUGGCAUUGCCACCUAUGGCAAGUCCUGGAAGAUGACCAAGGAUUCGGGAGACUCUGGAAUGCCAGUGGUAUCAGCCACCCAAGGACCCGCCCCGGCCGGACCUCAGAGCAAAAAGGAGGGUAUCCUCAACUGGGCUGAGAUUUGUCAGCUGAUGCCGAAUCCCAGUAACCUAAAUGCCAGAGGACCCAGUGCUCCGGUUAAGAGGGUCCUGGAUCCCACCAAGCGCUAUGGCAGCUACGCCUUCCGUGCCGCCGAUGAGAAUGGUGAUCACGGAUUGUGGAUCAGCUACGACGAUCCGGACUCGGCAUCCAGCAAAGCCCAAUAUGCUAGGGUCAGGAAUCUGGGAGGAGUGGCCCUCUUCGAUCUAACCCAAGACGAUUUCCGUGGCCAGUGCACCAACGAUCGUUUCCCCAUGCUGCGUGCCAUCAAGUUCCGACUUCUCUAAACCGUAUCCCCCGGACCGUAAAGACAUCACAAGCACGCAAAUGUCACAAGGCUAAAUUGGGGAAGUGGAGCUGGGAGGGAACAAAUGUCACCCGAUCGGUGGCUUAAGGCCUCCUUCUGUGUCUGUCCCUUUUUGCAAAUUAAUUACAAAGUUGUAAACUAAAA